ACCAUAAAAAAAAAAUCUUUCAUUUAUGACAAAAAUAAAAUGUGACACCUAAUAUACUAGGAGUAGUGAUCAUAUUGUUUUUAGUAAUAUUCUCCUGACUAUACACCACCUUGUUGUCCUUGUCGGAAUUUUCAUCGGAAAUGGCAACCGUUGCAUCCACCUGUGGGCCCACCUUAGAAUCAUUUGCUCAUAUUGACAUCACUAAACUUUCCCAAUCGGAGCUCCAUGCACUUUCCCUUUGCUCCGACUCCGCUUACAAUCUCCGACGUAACAACGACAUCGUUAUUCCCCAAAUUGAUCGUUCCCUUUUCAAUGAAUCCGCCAGUAGCCGCCGUCAAACCUACUCCCGUCUCCGCCAUAAGCACCACCGUUCUCGGGUACCCGGUUUACACCCUUCCUCUUCCCAACCCAAACCCAAACCCGUUUCCACUUCCUACCCGGAAAAUCAUGCAAUUCUUCAUUUCCUUAAGUACUUUGUUAACAACCCGAAUUCUCAAUCUCCACCACCACCGCCACCUCCUCCUCCUCCGCCGCCGGUUCCGCUGCCACCUGUUCAUCCUCCUCCGGUGAUACAGCCGGAUACUUCCGGUAUUCAAGGAAAAACCCUGCUUUCAAGGAAGAGAGGACGGAAGCGUAAGGAUGACAAGAAGGUGAAAGUGGAAAUGGUGAAUAAAAAAGGUGAGGUGGUGGAUUUGAACAGUUUGGAGAAUAAUGGGGAUAGGUUGUAUAGUGAAGAAUUGGAGAAAAGGACGGUUGGGUUACAGAGUGAAGAAGAGUUACUUGGUUUUGUUAGGGGUUUGGAGGGGCAGUGGGGUAGUACAAGGAAGAAGAGGAAAUAUGUUGAUGCUAGUGGUUUUGGAGAUGCAUUGCCUAUUGGUUGGAAGCUCUUGCUAGCCUUACGAAGAAGGGAUGGCCGCGUUUGGGUUUAUUGUCGUAGAGUUGUGAGCCCUACUGGUCAACAGUUCAUAUCAUGCAAAGAGGCUUCAUCAUACUUGCGGUCCCGUCUUUUGUCUGGUGAAGCAAGCCAGCCUUCUCAGCAGGUUGAUGAUACUGUUGCUAAAAGUGCGAGUAACUUCCACAAUGAUACCAGUUUGGUUUUGUCAACAGAUAUCCAAGAAAAUCCUCAUGCUCUUCAAAAAAGUGAUGUGGCGAAGCAUGACAUAGUUGCACAUGCAGUUGUACCUAGUUCAUCUACCGUAGACCUACAUCUCAGUGAAAUUUGCUUGAUGGAGAUGGAUAAGCUCCCUGAGGUUAAAGUUCAAGACAUUUUCGAAUGUUACAAGUGCAACUUGACAUUUGAAGAAAAGAAUGCAUAUUUGCAGCAUCUAUUCUCAUUUCACCAGCGAACCACAAGAAGGUACAGGGUUGGGCCAUCUGUUGGUGAUGGCGUCAUAAUUAGAGAUGGAAAAUAUGAAUGCCAGUUCUGCCAUAAGGUAUUUGAAGAAAGGCGUAGUUACAAUGGUCAUGUAGGAGUCCAUGUAAGAAGCAAUGCAAGAGGAGCUGUGGACGUAGCCGCUGCUGCUGUUGCAGCAAACAAGGGUGUUCAAUCUCCACAUCAUGAUGGGUUGCUUUCAAGGACAUGCAAAAUGGAUGCUUUAAUUGAAAUUGCCCAAAAUUCAGUUGUAGAAACUUCUAGUGCUAAACCUGUGACGAAGGGCAGCACCAUGCCAUCUAGCACUUCAAUGGACCUGGAUGCAAUUAUGGCUACCAAUAUUGAUCAAGUUGCAAGGUCAAACACUGAAACUGGACUGUCAGAUGCCAAGGAAUUUAAGGCUGAAACAUGUCCUGAACGAGGCAGAAAUCAGCCUGAUAAUACCUGCUCGGAAGUAGAUAAAGAUAAGAGUGGUGAGAUCUUGGUUAACAAGUUCAAUCCGAGAGUGAUAUCAACCAAUGCGUCUGAGCAGCCUGAGGGUGAUGAUGUGAAGAAGGCUGGAAGCAACAAGUUAAUGCAGGGUAUGGGAAACAAGCAGACAAAAGAAAAUAACGAUGUUCAACCAGGGACAAUGGAACUAACUUUUCAGGAAAUUGCUAGUCAGAAUCCAUCAACCAGCUCUUCAGUCUCCAUGGUGCAGACGUUGCAUGAUUUUGAGCACUCUGAGGAUGGUGUCGUGAAGAAGGAUGGAAUUGAUGAGGUAGUAAUGGGUAAGGGUAACUGCCCGACUAAAGCAAAUAAUGUUGAAUCACAAACUAUGGAACUGACUUUCCAGGGAAAUGCUACUCUGCAUGGGUUAACCAGCUCCUCGGCGUCUAUAUCUCAUGGUGCUUUUGAGCACCCUGAGAGUGACAAUAUGAAGAAGGAUGCGAAUGACCAGCUAGCACUUUGCCUUGGAGACAGCCUAACUGAAGCAAAUGCUGAUGCGGAAUCCAAGAUUCUGGAGUUCAGUCUUCAGCAAAAUGCUACUCGAGAUGGGCUAGCUAGCUUUUUAGAGCCUAUGGUGCAAUCUUUCCACAACUUUACUGGCAUUAUUUCAGGAUCAAGUAAGGACAAUGGCAAAGUUUCUGCUGUUGGUCAGAAUCUGGAUAAUGGAACAGGAUUUGAGGAACUUAGGCUGGAUGAGAUAGAACAUUUUGAAUAUAACUUUGAUGUUGGUCAUGUAUCUCCAUCUUUGCCUCCAACUUCUAUUGGAUUGGGUAAUGAUGCAAGGAUGGAAGAGGCUUUUGCAUCGGUUGGAUUUGAUUCUGGAGGAAUAAUCUUAAACAUGGAAGGACUGAAUCAACUUUCAACAAUAUGUGUGUGGUGCACAGCGGAGUUCAAGCUUGAAGCUUAUGAUAGAGAAGCUCAUUCAGAUUCAAUUGGAUAUAUGUGUCCAGACUGCAAGGCUAAAAUAUCUGGACAUCUGGAGAGUGUCUUUCCUUGAGUCCUCACGGUUUCUGAUUUUCUCUGGGCCAUCUCGUGGUUCUUGCUGCUUAGUAUCCUGAUACAUGUGAAAAUGCAGGUUUAUUUUCCGCCUAAAAAGAUGGCUGUUACAAAGCAGGCAUGUGCUGUUUCCUUAGGAAACGGAGUUUUAGCUGGUAUACUCAGUUUGCUGUAAAUUCAUCUCCGGAAUAGUAUAGUUAGUAAUAUUCCUCAUUCUGGUAUGUUAAAUUACAGAAGACAGAAGAUGUGUUUCUAUGUAUGAAUUGACCGGUGUAUAUUCUGGUCUUUGUAUAUAUCUGUUUUAAGUAUGUCACUGAUUUGCUCUAUGAGCCUUUUUAGAA